AUGCCACCUCUCGGCCGGAUAUCGAACUACAGUUCACUGCGCAAGCAUCGUCCUGGCGAGUAUCACAUCCACGAUGCGUUCUUCGAUCGCUCUGAGGCUCAGCCACGCUUUAUCAUCAAGCCGUAUAGCACGUCUGUGACAGAAGGCCAAAGUGCCAACUUCUACUGCCGUGUGAUCGCUUCGUCACCUCCCGUUGUCACAUGGCACCAUGAUAUGAUGGAACUGAAGCAGAGCGUGAAGUACAUGAAGAAGUACAAUGACAACGACUAUGGUCUCACCAUCAACAGGGUGAAGAUGGACGACAAGGGUGAGUACACCGUGAGGGCCAAGAACUCAUACGGAUCCAGAGAAGAAGUCGUCUUCCUCACCGUGCAGAAAAAGACUGAAGAUUUCGUCUCUAAACCAUUGGAACCUAUGCGCAAGGCUACCUUACCAAAAGUGGAGGAAUUCAAGGAGAAGGAGAUUCCUCCGACCUUCACAUUCCAUCUGCGCCCACGUCUCAUCCAGAAGAACCAUCAGUGCAAGCUGAUUUGCUCUUUGCAAGGCAAUCCAAUACCGAAGGUGGAAUGGUUCAAGGACGGAUCACCGGUGAACCAAGACCGUGUACAAACAACAUUCCGAAGUGGAGUCUGCAGUCUGGAGAUCUUCAACACCCGACUCGACGAUGCGGGCACGUAUACCUGCACUGCUACCAGCCCCUUGGGCGAAGCCACCACCGAAUGCACGGUCACUGUACAGACGAAGGGCGGAGAGCCAAUGCCUCGAGUCACCUCCCACCGAACUAGCAGCUACAGAAGAUCAGUGUAUGACUCUAUGAGUAGCGACGUGGAGCGAUCGCGAUCCUACGCUGAUAUUCGCUCCGAUUCUUCGAGAUCGCGAGACUCAUUUGAUACACGAUCUGCUGCAGAUGACCUCAAAAUGAAGAUUUCUUCUGAGCCGCCAAACUUCACUAGCAAGUUGAAAGAUGUCAGUGUUAGCCAAGGAGAGCCAGUAGAGAUGUCUUGCGAG